AUGGACUCAGGCGUCACGUGGCGAAAGGAACUCCGGCUGGUUCUUGUCGGAAAUACAGGAACGGGCAAAAGUGGGUCAGGAAACACCAUCCUGGGCAGUGAACACUUUGUGUCAGAGCUCAGUUUUAGCUCAGUGACCCAAAAAACUGAGUAUGGAAUCGCUGAGCUUGUGGAGGAUCAUGACCGGAAGAGAAAGGUGACAGUGGUAGAUAUGCCAGGGUUUGGGGACACUAAACUCACUGAAGAUGAAGUUCAUGAAGAAAUAGCCAAAUGUAUUGUUUACUCAAAUUUUGCACCCCAUGCCUUUUUCUUGGUUGUACCGAUCGGGCGUUAUACAGAAAACGAAGCGCAGGCUGCCAUCAAUCUGGCAAAACUUUUUGGAGAAGAUGCCGUUAAAUAUCACACAAUAGUUCUUUUUACGGGAGGGGAUCGUCUUAAGGGCAAGAGCUUUGCAGAACACCUAAGAGAGGCGCCUGCUGGACUCAGGGAACUUAUUGGCAAGUGUGGUGGCAGGUACCAUGUGUUCAACAAUGAAAACUCCAGUGAUGUUGCCCAGGUUCAAGAACUCAUGUCAAAGGUGGACAGGAUGGUCAUGAGGAGUAGAAAUGGGGUUUAUACUAAUCAAAUGUUUAAAGAGGCCCAGGCAUCUGUGAGGAAAGAACUGCGUACAAGUAGCGGUAGUGCAGGAUGGCCGUCUCUUGAAAAGAUGUGGCCGAUCGUGAAGCGCGUCGUCGUUGCAGGCUUCGUUGGCGCAUGUAUCGGAGCCAUGUUUGGCGCUGGCGUGGGUUACGUUGUGGCCACCACCGGAGUGUCCACUAUAGCUAAAGGUUUAGGUGUGGGAUUACUCGCGGGUGGAUUUGUUGGCGGUGUGAUAGGUGUCGUUGCUGGUAGUGAGGCUGGGAGUCCGGAGGAGGCAGCACAGGAUGCUUAUGAUCAAGUUAGUGAGGUAGGAUCUCGCACUUUGAGAACAGCUAUUGUUGUAAGAAAUAUGGUGGGCACAGGGCCAUUCCAGAGUGUCAAUGUUGGGGCACAAGAUGCAAUUGAUGCUUCUGUAGGUCAAAAUACUGUGAGGGAGAUAGGGGAGGCUGCAGUAACAGCAAUAUCAGGGGCUGCAGUAACGGCAAUCUUAGGUGAUCGUGUGGAAACGAGUGUGGUCAAACAGAGGAUGGACUCAGAGAUCACGUGGCAAAAUGAACUCCGGCUGGUUCUUGUCGGAAAUACAGGAGCGGGCAAAAGUGCAUCAGGAAACACCAUCCUGGGCAGGGAACACUUUGUGUCAGAGCUCAGUUUUAGCUCAGUGACCCAGAAAACUGAGUAUGGAAUCGCUGAGCUUGUGGAGGAUCAUGACCGGAAGAGAAAGGUGACAGUGGUAGAUAUGCCAGGGUUUGGGGACACUAACCUCACUGAAGAUGAAGUUCAUGAAGAAAUAGCCAAAUGUAUUGUUUACUCAAAUUUUGCGCUCCAUGCCUUUUUCUUGGUUGUACCGAUCGGGCGUUAUACAGAAAACGAAGCGCAGGCUGCCAUCAAUCUGGCAAAACUUUUUGGAGAAGAUGCCGUUAAAUAUCACACAAUAGUUCUUUUUACCGGAGGGGAUCGUCUUAAGGGCAAGAGCUUUGAAGAAUACCUAAGAGAGGCGCCUGCUGGGCUCAGGGAACUUAUUGGCACGUGUGGGGGCAGGUACCAUGUGUUCAACAAUGAAAACUCCAGUGAUGUUGCCCAGGUUCAUGAACUCAUGUCAAAGGUGGACAGGAUGGUCACGACAAGUACAACUAGGGUUUAUACUAAUCAAAUGUUUGAAGAGGCCCAGGCAUCUGUGAGGAAAGAACUGCGUACAAGUAGCGGUAGUGCAGGAUGGCCGUCUCUUGAAAAGAUGUGGCCGAUCGUGAAACGCGUCGUCGAUGCAGGCUUCGUUGGCGCAUGUAUUGGAGCCAUAUUUGGUGCUGGCGUGGGCGUCGUUGUAGCCUCCAUCGGAGGGUCCACUAUAACUAAAGAUCUUGGUGUGGGAAUACUCACGGGUGGAUUUGUUGGCAGUGUUAUAGGUGUCGUUGCUGGUAUUGAGGCUGGUAGUCCGGAGGACGCUGCACAGGAUGCUUCUGAUCAAGUUAGUGAGGUCGGAUUUCGCACUUUGAAAGUAGCUAUAGAUGUAAGAAAUAUGGUGGGCACAGGGCCAUACCAGAGUGUGAAUGUUGGGGCACACAAUGCGAUUGAUGCUUCUGUAGGUCAAAAUAGACAGGGUAGAUAG